ACGGAAAGAACUAAAUCCAGGAUGAAACACUGAUCUUAACGGCGGAAAGAAAAUCUCUCAUCGAGGGAAGUUACAUUUAUUUGUAUUUUUAACUCUCAGAGUGACAGCUCAAAGUACACCCGUGCUUGUUUCGUGACCUUAAACUAAACAAGUUUCAAUCAAUCCGUGGUGGAAAUGCAUAACGGGGAUUGUCUCAUGAAGCAAUGUAGUUUUACGUCCAUCCUCCAACCCCUCAUGCUUUAAAGGGGUCAAAAUCUAAACCAGUAUUCCACUCCACCGGUCCCGGGGUGGGUGGACCACUAGUAUGGACCCAUGGCAAAAUCUGGUGUCCAGAUGUUCGGCGUGGUGGCAGAUGCAUACGCCGCAUGCUCUCAGAGCUUGUGUGUAUGAAGUGUGCAAACCCCUGGUGCCACUCCUGCUGUGCAUCGCGGCUUUGGUGGCUGUGAUUGUGUACGCUCUAGCGGAUAAUCUACACAGUUUUGUAAGCAGGAUCUUCAUUCCCCAGUAUCACUAUCCUUAUGCGGUGCCACUUGCAUUCAUACAGGUACUUCUGAAUCUCAUGGCACUGCUAGCUUUGCAUGGUGUGGGUCUGAUCCACUUGAAACCUUUUUCACUGAGGCUAGCCGAGCGUUUGUUUGUGCCGGCAGUUUGCGGGAGCGUCCAGUGUGUUCUGGCCGUAUGGGCUGAAGCCUGUUCCCACUCUGGCCUGUACCCUCUAAUCACUCGCUUCCUCCCAAUGGUCAGUGUGAGCUUGGGUCACCUGUUUGCACUGAAUAUGCCAGGCUCCAUCCAUGUCUCCUGCCUUCUGACAGUUCUCACCAUCGCCUCCGUCAGCGUCACAGCCUGUGAAGGACUGCAUGUGAUGGAACCGCUGGAGUACGUCUACUCUCCUCUCAGCCUGGUCCUCCACAGCCUGUCUCUUGCCUGGCUGGCUAAAGUUUCCCAAACGGAGCGAAGCCAUGCCUCAACCUUUGACCUUUACUACAAUCUGACAGUGUCACGUACCCUCUUAUUAGGGUUCCUGUGUGUUUUGCACCCUGACGGCCCAAAGGCACUGAUUCAUGGCAACUGGCACAGUCUGCUGUUUCUGGGAUACAUGCUCGGGAUGUUGCUGCUGGGUGCUGUGCAGCUUCUUUUUGUGGAUGUAACAGCGCUGUAUUUAUCUGCUCUCCCAGCAGCCGUGCUGCAUGCCAGCAGAGGGCUCGUACUGCCCUUGUUCAGUUUGCUAUAGGACAUACGGACCAAUCAGAGCGUAGAUCAUUCUGAGGAGCAAAAGUCUAAGUAGAAUAAGCAAUCAAAUACCUGAUCAAUCAAAUACAUGAUUGAUGAUAACAGUAUUAAAACUUAUAAUUUAUAGGCGUGACAACCUUGUGUAAAGAUAAUUCGAAUUAAUUAUUUGAUAUGGUUACACUACCAGCAAGCACUGACGUGCGACUUCUUUCUUUGCUUGCACUGAAACUAUGACUUAGGUGUUUUCAUGAAGGAAGUUAUAAGUUCUGGAAUUCUAUUGUAAAGACAAAGUACAGGUUUCUCAGACAUCUCAAACCAGCUUUUUUUUUUGUACAGACUAUAUUAUUCUGAGUUAGAAUUACCCAUUAUUUUCUAUUUGUCAGCUGGAAGCUCUGAGAAUGAAAAUAACUAAUUAUAUUUUGCAUAAAGAAAAUAAAGCCCUUUUAGGACCUUUAGGGGUUAUUGCGUUGUAAUGUAAUUGUGAUGAUAGUUUCACCACAAUUUCACCAUUUCACAGUAAAAAAAAAUCAUUCCCAUUACCUCAAUGCAAAAAUUAAGUUAUUGUUGUAUUGGUAUUAAUUUAUGCCUAUAUUUUGUGCUUUUAUUUUUUAAAA